GGCUAUGGCUGUUUGUGAUUCUCUGAUUUCCAUUGGAGGAAAAGUUGUUGAAUUAUUGGUGGAGCCAGUUGGGCGUCAAUUCGAUUAUGUCUUGUAUCGAGUGAAAUACACUGAAGAUCUACAAGAGCAAGUUCAAAAUUUAGAGGCUCAGAGAAAAGAUGUGCUCGACUCCAUCGAUGCAGCAAAAAGGAACAGAGAAGAAAUUCUAGAAAGUGUCAAGAAUUGGAUUGACAAAGUUAAUGGGUUCAUUCUUAAGGCUAAAGAGUUUCUAGAGGGUGGAACCAAUAUGAAUCUGAAAUGUUUCAAUGGGUGGUUUCCUGAUUUGGUCACAAGACGCCGGCUAGGUAAGGAAGCAAAAAAUAAAGCAGAGGAGGCUAAAGAGCUGGGAAAAGAAGGCACAUUCAAUAACAACAUAUCCAAACCUGCACCUUCCUUGGGGAUAGAGUCCAUACCCUCUGAACAGCUCGUGCCUUAUGCUUCUACAAAUUUGACAAUGACGAAUGUAAUGGAGGCACUAAUUGACGACAAGAUCAACUUCAUUGGAAUACAUGGUAUUGGGGGCGUUGGAAAGACAACUUUGGUAAAAGAAAUUGGCAAAAAAGCAAAAUCUGAUAAGCUUUUUGAUGAAGUUGUGAUGGCUGUAGUGUCUCAGAACUCAGACAUUAAAAACAUUCAAGGUCAAAUAGCUAGCAUGUUGGGUUUCACCAGAUUAACUGAUCAACAAAGUGAAAUUCAAAGAGCAAGCAUGUUGUAUGCAAGACUCAGGGAUGUGAAGAAGAUCCUUGUUAUAUUGGAUGAUGUUUGGGCUGAACUUGAUUUGGCGGCCGUGGGCAUUCCAUUUGGCAAUGAUCACCAGGGUUGCAAAAUCAUAAUCACAACACGGCGUGAGCAAGUAUGCGAUUCCAUGGGAAAGGAAACGCCGAGGACAAAGAUUGUUCAUCUUGGUGUUUUAUCUGAAAAAGAUUCAUGGGACUUGUUCAAAAAGAAUGCUGGCAAUGUCGUUGACUCUAACGCGGUGAAUGCUAUCGCUAAUAAGGUUUGUAAAGAAUGUGGAGGUUUGCCUAUAGCACUUGUUACAGUUGGAAGAGCAAUGAAACGUAAUAAAGAUAAACCUGAUUUAUGGAACGAAGCAGCUCGAGAAUUGAGAAAAUCAAUGCCAACAUAUAUUGAAGGUGUUGACAAACGAGUGUACAAAUGUCUUAGGUUGAGCUAUGAUUACCUGGAAGAAGAGGAAGCCAAGGCUUGCUUCUUGCUUUGUUCUCUAUUUCCUGAGGAUCAUUACAUCUUAAUAGAAGACUUGGUACGAUAUGGGAUGGGGUUGACAGUAUUCAAAAAUGUUGAUACAGUGCAAGAAGCUAGGGGCAGAGCAAAGUCAGUGAUCAACAAUCUCAUAGCUUCCUGUUUAUUAUUAGCUAGUGACACACAAGAAUGCUUCAAAAUGCAUGAUGUUGUCCGUGAUGUUGCCAUAUUUAUUGGAUCCAAAAAGUAUUUUGUAAGAGCUGGUUGCAAUUUGAAUGAUUGGCCCAAGAUCGAUAGUUUGAAUCAAUACACUGGUAUAUCAUUGAUGAGAAAUCAAUUUAGUAACCUUCCUGAGGUCUUGGAAUGUCCAAAUCUCCAAAUAUUACUAUUACAAGGCAAUGGAAAUGCAUGGUCAUGUUCACAUGAAUUCUUUUCAAGGAUGAAAGAACUUAGUGUUUUAGAUUUGAGCGAACUUGGCUACAAUUUUGACAAUCCAAUUCGUAGUCCUUAUGCUUUCAAUAACCAAAUGUUUCUUCGAACGUUAGUUCUUGAUCGAAUUAAGUUUGGGGACACUAAAUUUCUUGGACAGUUAAAGACGCUUGAAGUCCUUAGCCUCAGGUAUGCCUUCUUUUCUGAGGUACCAAAUGCUAUAAGGGAGUUAACUAAUCUAAGGUUGUUGGACAUGACUGAAAGUUGUCAUGAAUUUCUGAUUCCGGCCGCAAUGGUAUCGCCUUUAUCCCAUUUGGAGGAGUUGUACUUGUUUCGCAUCACAUAUUCGAGGAGUAUCGGAUACCCUGCAGUGGAAGUAGUUGCUGCACUAAGAUCUUUGCCUCUCCUAAAAAUGCUAACCAUUUCCAUACCUGACAUUGCGUAUAUACCCAAGGACUUUGUUUUUCCUGAGCUGGAAAGUUUUAUUAUUUUUAUUGGAAAAUCGAGUUCGGUGUAUAGCGUUGAAAAUUAUUCCCCAAAUCAUUUGGAACUUGGAAAUUUGGUUGGACGCUUUGUUGAUUGGAGUAAAUGGCUAAAGAUGGUGUUGAAGAGAGCUACAUGUCUAAGUAUUAAAGAUUGUUCUGAAUUGGAAUACUUGAUCAACACAGAGGAAUGGGGGAUUUCAUCACAGGCACAACCACGUGAUCUGAAAUUGCUCUUCAACCUGGAAGACUUGGAACUCUAUCGUUUGGAUAGUUUCAAAGGGAUAUGUGCAGCAAGUGCACUUAUUACUUCCAGCUGGGUGUGCUUCCCAAAGCUCAAGAGAUUGGUAGUUAGCGGAUGUGAUUCACUAUCAGCUAUUCUUCUUCCAUUCAAUUUGCUUCAAAGGCUACAACAUUUGGAGAAGCUUCAGGUAUUCGAAUGUGAGAAAUUGGAACAAGUAUUUGAUUUUGGUUCUGAAGGAGAAGGCAUGAAGCUGCUUGCUAGUUUGAGAGAGAUAUAUCUAUGCAACUUGCCUAGAUUGAAGCAUAUAUUGAACUGCUCCAGUCGUCAACAUGUGCAACUCUGCAACCUAAGUUAUUUGGCUGUCAAUUCAUGUGGCAAACUGAAAUACGUCUUCCAACCUUCCAUAGCUCAAGCUCUUCAUCAACUUGAAAGGCUUUGGGUAAGUGACUGUGAAGAAAUAGGGGAAAUUGUUGCUGCGAAGCAAAACGAAGGGCAACAAGAAGAAGAAGAAGAAGAAGAAGAGAGAGUGGACUACAAGAUGAUGUUCAAAAGUCUCAAACAACUCCACCUUGAAGAUCUUCCAAACCUAAGUGGUUUCUGCACAGGAGGAGACGACUUUCCUUUUGAAUGGCCAUCCUUGGAACUACUUGCAGUGAUAAACUGCCCCAAAAUGAAGACUUUCGCUGCCACUACUUCCGGCAGCACACCAAAACUGAAGGAAGUUGUAUUGGAUGUUGAAUCAGUGAUACCGCUACAGGGGAUGGACUUGAAUCAGUUUGUGCAAACCCAUAUCAUUUCAAAGCCACCUAAGUUGGAAAGUAUUCCUUUGAUGGUGCAAGGAGUAUGGUCUGAAGAUCCUGCAGCGCAAAUAGAAGCAACUACUCAGUUCAGGAAGCUAUUAUCAAUUGAACGCAGCCCUCCAAUAGAUGAAGUGAUCAAAGCAGGUGUAGUCCCUCGGUUUGUGGAGUUUCUUGGAAGGCAAGAUCUGCCUCAACUGCAAUUUGAGGCAGCAUGGGCUUUGACCAAUGUUGCAGCUGGGACAUCAGAGCAUACUCGAGUUGUCAUUGAACAUGGUGCUGUCCCCAAGUUCGUGCUACUUUUGAGCUCUGCCAGUGAUGAUGUCCGUGAGCAGGCAGUAUGGGCUUUGGGUAAUGUUGCUGGUGGCUCUCCAAGUUGUAGGGAUCUUGUUCUUGGUAAUGGUGCACUUAUGCCUUUGCUAGCUCAGUUGAAUGAACACUCAAAACUUUCUAUGCUGAGAAAUGCUACAUGGACUCUGUCCAACUUCUGUCGGGGCAAGCCUCCAACACCAUUUGAGCAGGUGAAACCUGCAUUGCCAGUUCUUCGACAACUUAUCCACUUGAAUGAUGAAGAAGUUUUGACUAAUGCUUGCUGGGCACUCUCUUAUCUUUCUGACGGCCCAAAUGACAAAAUUCAAGCUGUGAUUGAGGCAGGUGUCUGUCCACGACUUGUGAAGCUUCUGCUUCAUCCAUCGCCUACGGUUCUUAUACCUGCUCUUAGAACAGUGGGAAACAUUGUAAGAGGUGAUGACACCCAAACUCAGAAAGGCAGAAGCUAGUGACCUGUAUACAGUCAAUACAUUUCCAUCCGAAUCUCCAAGUCUGAUUUACUUAUCACUGUUAUGAAACUUGGAUUGUCUAAUGAAUCAGAAAAGAGAAAGAUGAGGUUCAUUGGUUUAGCCUCAUGGCCUGCUGGAACUGAAUCCUGAUGUCAAUGAUGUAUGGAAGGAUCUUAUAUUGUAUCAAAAUAGAAUACCAUCAUUAACAGUCAAUGAAUUUCCAAGUCUUUUUUACUUAUAAAUGUUGUAAAACUUGGUUUAUCUAAUAAACCAGAAAAGAGACCGAGAUGAGGUUCAUUGGUUUAACCUCAUGGUCAGCUGGAACUGAAUCCUGAUGUCAAUGGUGUACGGAAAUAUAUUAUAUUGGCCCUGUUUGGUAACGCUUAAAAUUCAAUUUUGUUCAACUUACUUGCUUUAAACAAGUUGACUAUUAGUGUUUGGUUGCAAUUGUAAAUUAGAGCUUAUUUGACUUUUUUAGCUUAUUUAGCCAAAAAAGGUGAGAUUUUCAUAAACUAUAAUUUGUAGGUUUUUUGAGCUAUUUGAAAUCCUUAAAUACAUAGAGACAAAACAUUUUGUGUGCAUUCUAGAUAUUUGCACAACAAAAAAAAUUAUGUGACAGCUUAUUUAACCAAACAUGUUUAACGUUUUUCACAGAUUAUUAAAGGCCACCCAAAACAGAUUUACAGCUUAUUUUAAUUAUUCUGAGAUAAUAAUCUAAAAAGCAAUAAUCAUAAAAGCUAACUUAUAAGUUGUACCAAAUGGGCUAUUGCGUCAAAUAGAAUAUCAUUUAAAUAUGAAAAAAUUAUGCUAAAAAAAACUUCUUAGUUUGAUCAAAUUCCCAUAACAUUUUCAGACAAGCUUUUUGGCAUUCUCUUUUUUGUAAUGAAUAGAAGGGUAACUUCUGGCUGUGUUUCUUUUCUGCCCUUUUUUGUCUUCAAAAUCAUGUUCGAGGAGGGAGAGAGAGGUACUAAAAGGAAGGAAUAAACUACGAAAGAGCUACAGAAAGACGGAACAGAAUUAUAGCAACCUAGGAGGAAAAAAUCAAAACCAGACCAAAUAUUUUAUGGUUAUGGUCACAAACACCCUUUAGCAUAAAGAAAUUGCAGAGUUUAAAUGAUUCUUGUUGUAGCCCAAUUCCCCAAAUAGA